AUGUUGAGCAGAGCAAGCACAUUCGCCAAGAAGACUAACGUUAUUCAAUUUACUCAAAACACCCAGAGAUCCCUUCACACAAAUCCAGUCUAUGACUACAAGGGAGCAUGGAAGACAUACAAGGGAGCUAAAUGGCAAGCCUUCGCUUUGGGAGCCAUUGCCUGUGUACUCGCUCCUCUCUGGGUUUAUAAAGUUGAACAUGAUGAAAUCAGAACCGUCUAUGUUUUUGACGGAAAGCCAGCAUUUGCUAAACUGAGAGCCAAGACUCAUGCUUGGGGAGAAUGCCUUGAUUGUGGUCUCUUUGAUAGAGAUUGUCAAGCUAUGUGCAAGCAAAUUAUUGCUGCUAAGAAGAAAGGUCUCUAA